AUGCAGCUGCAACAUGGCCGUUUUUUUCUGCUGUUCACCGGAGUAUCCGUGUUGCUAGUAGCAACCGCGUUAGUGGACGUGGUUCAGCCAGCAUCGAUCUAUUCGCCCGAUUUUAACGAAAGUAGUGCCCACUUUCUGGACCAACAACGUUCCUGCCGGGACCUCUGUAGCUUCUGUCCGACCUGCAAUGGAUUUUACUGUGGAGAGGAGUGCAUUUGCGAGUGUAGUCAGGAUCCUUCCGAACAUGCCAAAUGUAUCGAUCUGAUAAAAGCAAACAGUGAUAAACUUGGUCUGGUGUACGACGUGCUACUGCAGCAGCCCCAGAAGCGAUCCUCCCGUACACGCUUCGGCCGACGUGCAAAACCGACCGAACAAGAGGACACUGCCGGGAGUGGAGGUUUCCGGAAGAUUUUGUUCGCUAACUUCGACGCAAAUCGCGGACAGAGUGCCGAUCAAAUGCAGCAACAGCGGGGUGGUGAGAAGAUGAAGGCCAUUGAAAAGCAGCUGCAGAUGAAGACGAACAAAGAGGCUAGCAAGGAUCCGUUGGAAAAAUCGGACGUAGUGGAUUUACUUUUCAGCAAGCGGACGUAA